AUGAGCACAUGCGAAUAAAUAGGCUUUGUCAUUAAAAAAAAUCUGCUUGUGAGUCUUAGAAAUAAAGAGUUCUUGAUAGAAUCUAUUUUACCUAUUGUUGUGGCUGGAAUGCUAUCACUAAAAGCUUAAUUGCAGGCUAUUUAAUAGUUGAUGCCCUUACUCUACAGUAUUGCUUUGACUUCAACAUAGAGGUCAAUGUUAAUAAAAUUAGUUGAAGAGAAAAGCAAAAGGUACAAAGAACUUUAGAAAAUUAUGGGAAUGAGUGAAAAGGCAUAUACGAUUGGAUGGAUUCUGACAGGAUACAUAAGGGUUGGAAUAUCGGUGAUUAUCUUUGAAGUCUGCUGGUUGAUAUGCAAUGCAAUUUUUAGUAUAAAUUGGGACGAAGAAUUUCAUGUAUCAUUUAGUGAUAUGUUGUGGCCUUAUGUUUUAUUUGCAUAUGCAGCUAUGAAUUAGAAUUUGCUGUUAUCCAGUUUAUUUAAUGAAGUUAAAAUUGCAGGUGAAAUGUAAUCAUUUUUAUAAAUUGCCUUUACUUUUUUUAUUUAUUUUUCAUUUGUCGAAAAUGUAGCCAAUAAAAUAGCAUUUUACAUCAUCAUGACAAUAAUAAGUCCAUAAUGUGGAAUAGCAUUUUCAUACAUUUCUUCUAUGAACUCAGAAAUUGGAGCCGACUUAACAAAAUUAAAUUUAUUUCCAACAGAAAUCAUUAGUGAUACUUAUUCAACAGCAUAGGCAGGCAUUUAAUAAGCAAUUCAACUUGUAGUCUAUUUCAUACUAUUUAUAUAUUUUGAAUAAGUUAUUCCAAAUGAAUAUGGAAUUGCUAAACAUCCAUUAUUUUUUUUAAACAUUUCUAAUCAGAAAAAAACUAAAAUUCAAGAUAAGUCAACUAAUGUAUUUUUGUAAUUAAAUGAAAAUGAUUCAGAAAGUAGUUCUGCCAUGUAUAAUGAAGAUGUAAAAAUGGCUAGUCCUCCAAGCAUAAUAAUAAAGAAUCUUCUCAAGAAAUUCGGGGAUCUUAAUGCUGUCGAUAAUAUUAGUUUGCAUCUCUACGAAUCUUAGAUAUUUUGUUUACUUGGACAUAAUGGAGCAGGUAAGACAACUGCAAUCAGUGUAUUGACAGGUAUGAUUUCAAAAACAUCUGGAUCUGUUAGUAUGUAUGGAAUGAAUCUAGACACAUAAUUGGAAAGAAUCAGAAAAUCAUUGGGAUUAUGCACUUAAAAAGAUUGUCUUUAUAACGAUCUAACUGUAAGAGAACAUUUGGAAUUUAUUAGUGGAAUCAAAGGUAGAUUAAAUAAAGAAGAAAUAAUACAAAUUUUGUAGAAGACUGAGUUAUUCGAAGAACAGAAUAAAAUGAUUUCAGAGUUAUCUGGAGGAUCGAAAAGAAAAUUAUCUUUGGCAAUGAGUUUAGUUGGAGAUUCAAAAAUAAUAUUCUUGGAUGAACCCACAUCUGGUAUGGAUGCUUAUUCUCGAAGGGCAAUAUGGAAUAUACUGGAAAGGAUUAGAGAAGACAAAAGAACUAUUAUUUUAACUACACAUCAUUUAGAUGAAGCAGAAUUAUUAGCCAAUAGAAUUGGGAUAAUGUCAAAAGGACAAUUGCUUGCUGUAGGAUCAUCAGAUUAUAUUAAAAGGAAAUUUGGUGAAGGGUAUAAUUUGAAAUUAUCUUUUGAUAACAAUAAUUUAAGAAAUCAAAUAUAUGAUAAAGUUAAUGAGAUGAUACCUAAUUGUUUUUUAGAGACUCAGCAUUCAAAUGAAAAUAAAUUAGUAUUUAAUAUUCCUUUUGCUUCCAAAGGAAAACUGGGAAAUUUAUUUUAUAAUUUGGAGUCCUUAAAUGUUAAAAUUGGAUUAGAGAUGAAAACUUUAGAAGAUGCUUUUGUUAAAAUUGGAUUGGAAGAUGAAAAAAUUCAUUUGAAUUACGUAAGAAAGAGUGAAAUUAAAUAUGUCAAAUAAAGUAUGGGUAUUCCAGCUGAAAACGAUGAGGACACAAGCAAUUUAGUUGAAAAUGAAGAUUUUCAUAGUCUUCCAAUUAUUCAGGAAUUCACAGAGGAAAAAGUAAUCAAUUAGAAUAUUCCAGAUUGCCUUAAAAAUGAUCCUUAAUAUAAACUAAGCUCAUAAUUACUAGCAAUAUUUUUAAGGAGAUAUUAUACUGUAAUAAGAACAAGUACUAACUAUUUCUCAAUUCUAAUUCCGAUGCUCACUUUUAUUUUAGGAAUGACAACUGUUGCUGGAGUAGAUUUUGAUAAAAUAUUAAAAAACGUUUUCGCAGAUAUGGAUCCCAAUAAUUUAGUAGAGGCAGUUGAAUUUUUCAAAAUAUCUUUAUUGAGUAGUUGCAGUGUGUUAGCAUUUUGCUUUAAUGCUACUGUUUACAUAACAUAGCCAGUAUUAGAGAAAGAAACAUAUUUGAAGCAAGCUUUGAUAGGCAUGGGCUGUAGAACAUUUCCAUAUUGGGUUGGAACAUUAAUAUUUGAUUACCUUAUUUAUCUGUGCUUUGUGGCAUUGUUUUACAUAAUAUCGGCUAUUCUAAAUUUAGAAAUUGCAUUUAAAUACAUCGGAGCUGGAUUAUCAUGUUAUAUACUUUUUGGAUUUAGCUACAUUCUUUUUGCUUAUUUAAUGGGAUUUCUAUUUAAGACUUUGGAGAAUGCAUUAAAGCUGUACUCUAUGUUUUGCUUUUUUGUGAAUUUCUGUGUUCCUUUCAUCCUAAUAGCAUUUAUAGACUUUUUUUAUCAAAAGUUUGAUAGUGUUAUUGCAGAACAACUAAUUUAUAUAUUCCAAGUGCUUUUCGUCCUUGUUUCUCCAUUUUAUGCAUUUUUUGAAGCUUGUACAUUUUUAGCAGAUAAUUUUGAAAAAAUGUAUGAACUCAAUCUAUACACUACACCUUAAUUAAUAUAAAGAACGUACGUAUUCUAAUUGAUAUUAUUGGCAUAAAUCUGUUUCUAAAUUCUUGUUUUAUACAUAAUUGAAUCCAAGAGCUUGAUUUUGCCUACUGUUGUGAAUGAGGGGAAGCAGAAAGGGAAUGAGAAUUUAGAACAGGAAAUUAUUGAAGAGAGAGUUAGAGUAGAAAAAGGCAAUCUCUCUGAUCCUAUAGUUUGCAAAUAUUUGGAGAAGGAAUAUAUCAAGGAUAAGCCUACACUUUAGAAAUUGACUUUUGGGGUUAAAAAAGGAGAAAUAUUUGGAAUUAUUGGUCCAAAUGGAGCUGGAAAAUCCACUCUUAUUAAUGUGUUCACUGGCAUUAAUACUCCAACAUAGGGUGUUGCAUUAAUUAAUGGUGUUGAACCUAAAUAAAGAAAUUAAGACAUUAUGCAACACGUCGGAAUAUGUCCAUAAUUUGAUUGCAUUUGGGAAAACUUAACCCCAAUUGAACAUUUACUCUUGUUUGGUAGAGUUAAGGGAUUAGAAGGAGAUGAUUUAAAAUAAGCAGUUGAUUAUUUUAUCAAGACUAUGUAACUUGAUUUGUUUGUCAAAACUAAAGCUGGACAGUUAAGUGGAGGAAAUAAAAGAAAAUUGUGCGUUGCAGAUGCUAUGAUUGGGGGAAGUGACAUCACAUUCUUUGAUGAACCAAGUACUGGUGUGGAUCCAAUAUCAAGAAGAUUUUUAUUUAAUACUCUCUAAAGAAACAUUUAAUUGAGAAAUUGUUCUGCAAUUAUGACUACUCAUACUAUAGAGGAGGCUGAAAGUUUGAGUUAAAGAAUAGGUAUUUUGAUAGCCGGUUAAUUCAAAUGUUUAGGAACUCCUUAAUAUUUAAGAUAAAAAUAUAGUAAAGGUUAUUAAAUAUCGGUUAAGUUUAGUAGUGUGGAAGAAAAUUAAGUUGAGGAGAUUUUAAACUCAAUUCAAAAAGAAUUCCCUACUAUUAAUAGAUUGGAUGAUAAAAGAGCUGGAUUUAUGACAUUUUCAAUAAAUGACUAAAGUUUUAGCUUUUAUAAAACGUUUUAAUAUUUUGAAAAAUAAAUAUAAAACGGGAUCAUCGAAGAUUUCUAAAUUAAUGAAAGUUCUCUUGAAUAAAUAUUUAUUCAUUUUAGUAGAAUUUAAUAAGAGAUAAAUGAAUAGGAAGGAGUAAUCUUUGAUUGA